AUGGCUCCCCACAAAGCUUUCAAGAAGCUGAAGCUACAACAAUAUAAUAGAGAGUUGUUUGACGAGGCGCUCCUACCGCUGUUAAAGGAGUACGUCAUCCUGUACAACAAGUUUGAACCCAAGGCCACGACGACUCUUGCCAAAGAACUGAGUCUCUUGCGACGCACUGGUGAGCCGAAGAAGACAGUUGUGGAGCAUGCUGAAACGGGCUAG